AUGGAUACACUCGAAUCAGUACCUUCAAGUGCUCCAGCGUCAUUAUUGACUUGUGGACAAAGAAGUGAAAAUGAAAAGAGAGACGAAGAAGUUCGUCACAAACAAGAAUUUGAGCUUCAGAUACACCAAAUGUUGUCAAAACCACGCGGGGAACCUCGAAAGGUUUUUAGUUGCGAAAAGGUAAAGAAAUACAUUAGUGAAGUAUAUGCAGCUAAACUUAAGAAGACUACAAAAACUUCCCGUGAAUACGAUCUGUUGUCGCGAUACGAUGUGAAAAACAUGUUCGGAGAAGACAUUCUGGUCACCGUAGAUGAAACCGAGAAGAGACUGAAGCGGGGAAUGAAACGCAAACGUAAGAAAGGGGUAGUUAAACCCAUCGUGUCUGAGAGUUUCGGAGAGAGAGGACAGAUGGAUUUGAUUGACAUGCAUAAGGAUGGGGGAUGUCUGUUCAACUACAUUCUUCAUUACCAAGACAAUCUAACCAAGUUCUCAGUUUUCCGACCUCUUCGCUCUAUACAGGCGAUAGAAGUUGCUCGUCACUUGCUGGAUAUCUUUACGCUCAUUGGAGCCCCUCGAUAUCUGCAAAGCGACAACGGUCGUGAAUUCGUGGCGGCAGUGAUUCAUCAGUUUCGGACAGAAUUAUGGCCCAAGUUAAUCCUAAUAAACGGUAAGCCCCGGCAUCCCCAGAGUCAGGGAAGCAUAGAACGGGCCAACGGCGACAUUACAAAAAUGCUUGGGAGUUGGAUGUCUGAGAAUCGAACUCGCGAUUGCGCCAUCGCAGGAAGUGAUAGCUCGGGAGUUGACUUCGAAGAAGGUGAAAAAAGACACAAGGACUCCAAACCCAGAGACCGCCGUGGACGUGGCCGGAGAAGCACCACCCCAUCAAGGGCAUGA